AUGUAUAACGCCGCGGGACUUGCUCCCACCAUUGAGAUCUUCAACAGCACCUAUUCUCAGGUCUUCUACUUCAAAAUGAAACUGCAAACUGAAGACAAUGCAAGUACUUGGGACAUUGAUAUCCCCAGAGAAAACAUUACAUAUAAUACCGAUGUUGCUCCAAUAGAGGAAUGGUUCGUAAAAUUCAGAAUGCAUCAUGGAUUGAAUAUGUUUACCACUGAAGGAACAUUACUGGAUGUUCUCAGAGAACCAAUUCUUCAGUGGGAACUUGGUGAAAAAAUAUCCCCUGAACGCCUUGAUACUGUGAUACCUCAUGUAAUAAAUAUCACAUUGUCAGAAUCUCCUUGUGCUAAUGAUGUGGUAGUUAUUGCUCUCAUCUGUAAUGCUGAAGCUCAAGGUGUAUAUGUUGGCAUUACCUAUUCUGGAUUUGCAUAUGACAAGACAAAGUGGUUCAAUAUGACAAACAGCUUGUGUCCCGAACAGGAGGAUGUCUGUGAUGGCCUGUCACUUGUGAAUAUAAUCUUAACAAAUCACCAUUUAAUAGUCCUCACAACAAUGGGCUUAUUCAUCAGUGAAGAUCUAUGCCGUCCUACUGGAAAAAUCCUAAAAUUCAGUAACGUGAGCUUUUGUGGCUUCGAAAUGGUAAGAAACCUGGCAAUACAGUCUGUUUUCAGUGUUCAUGUUUACAAAUCUCUUUACAUCAGUGAAUAUUUAUUUGAAAGUAUUUCAACUGUUGGGGAUAAAACAGCUCAAACGUUUAUCAUCUUAACGUGGAGACGUUUUAGGGUGUCAACCUGCUUUUAUAGUUAUGAACCCUUCCGUAAGUGGGAAAGUUGCCUUCCUGGAAGAUUCUAUGGCAGAAAGAGAUCUUCCAAAAGAGCGAUAGCAUUUCUGAUUGAUUAUGAGCAGAAUACAGGAAUCGGUAUUUAUAGGGUUCAGAAAAAGUCAGUGGUUGCUGUUUUGAAGAUAAGAAAACACAAGCUGACUAAGAAAACAAAAUUUCCAGUGUUUGAAUUUCCAAACACUCAUUUUUUGCCAUAUGGAAUGUUUUUCCACCCACAGACUCAUUUUCUCUAUGUUUAUGGAAAUGAGGUGUGGUUAUCCAGUGAUGGAGGCAAUUCUUUUCAGUUAUUAAUCAGUCUGGAAACAUAUGCCAAGUCUGUGACUUCAACAAGAAGUGUUUUCAGUUUAUACUAUGACCACUUGGGAGCUUUGAAGCUAAUUACUUUUAAUGAGUCAAAUUCUGACAGGCUGGACUUUGAACCUGGUAAAGCUGUGUUUCAGUCACUGAAUAACUUGGCUCAGAGCACCUUCUUCCAGCCAGUUGGAGCAGCUCUGGUAGUCGGUGAUUUCCCACUGAAAUAUUCUCCAAGUUAUUUAUCCUCUGUCAUUGUAAACGUUCUGGAGAAGUUCCCCAUUGAAUCUGAAGGAAACAGUCCCUGCAUAAAACAUACGAUAACUGUUAUGAAGGGCUUAAAUGACAAUAACGUAACACUCCACCUUUCUAAUCCUGCUGCUAGAGAGAGCCUUCAUUUAGUGAGCCACUUGGGAGUGACUAAUAUCCCCGAAGGCAGAGGCCUAAGCAUGUCAUUGGCACAUAGUCUGUUUAUGCUCUUGCACGACGUUGCUGGCCAGAGGCUCUGUGGCCGUAAAAAUGGAUUUAGAGUCACUGAUGUGGAAAAGACAGUGGUGAUUCCAGGCAGCAGUAGCUUCCUAAUCACAGGUGUUCUGAACAAUCAGACUGCGACAGCAGAGCCCACUAUGCCUAACAAGGUGCCUUUCAACAGAAGCUUUACAUCCAAGCAAUGGUUCAUGCAUGACUUUGGUACUGUAAAUGGAAAAAAAUGGGAACUGAAGUUAGACACGUGCAGAUAUUCAAUACAAGAGUACAAUCAUAUAGCAAAGAAUAUCAUUAAAUACUUGGAUCUGGACACAAUUUACAAUUUCACAUUCCGAGUAACCCCUCAAUAUACAGCCUAUCCAAUGUUUCAAAUGCGACUAAUAAACCUUGUCAUUGGCAAUCCAUUGCUACUGGAAGUGACUACAAGAGAGUACUGGGAUGAAAUUGAUAGCUACAUACUGGAAUUCUCUGUUUACAACAAAUUUUACAAGCAAGGUAAAUCUUCAAUAGCUGUGAUUGUCCCAGAAGCAUCAUGUAUUUGUGAUACAUCAGCAUUUAUUGUAACACUGAAGACUGGCUGCUUAUAUGGGAAAUCAAUUCAUUACAUUUCUCCAGUUCCAGUGACUGCUGAACUGUGGCUACAGAAAGCUCCAAGAGAUGAAAAUGGUUUUCUUCUCCUAAAGGAACUGCCGGUAAACUACAGACCGCCAUCUGUACAUGGAAUAGCUAUUCCACUCAGUGAUAACUUUUAUAAUGCAGACCCCAGCAAACCAAGAAUGAGGAACUAUUUUAAGAGCUCAAAAGCUUCUGGAUUCUACAAGAAGUGUGCUAACAAGUCAUCUAGAGCUGAAUGCAACUGUACCCUGGCUGAGAAAAUGUCCUCACUUGCAGCUUUAUCAGACUGUACAGAGAAGGGAUCAGAGCUUUUCCAUUUCAAGGUAUCAACUGUUCCUGGAAUUUCCCACUGUAACCUAUCUGAUGAAUUUCAGAUUUAUGUUGAUGAUGUUCCACUGGCCUUUCCAGGACAAUAUCUUAUUAGUGCUUUAACAGCUUUAUUAAUAGGGAGCAUUAUCUUUGUGGCAUUUCUUGUACAACUGUAUGAUAUAAACAUAUGGGAUGAAGUCAAACAUAAAUUCGGACGAUUCAACAAAGUAUCACCAUCACUAACUUCAAAUACUGCAACUGCUACUUCUGCCUAG